CAUAUUAUAUAUUAAUAUACAAAAAAUAUAUACAUUUUGCCUGCUAUUAUUUUUGGGAAUGGCUACACUGUUUAGUAUUCCCAAAAUUUUUAGUCACAUCUAGGCCCAAAUAAGGUAAAGUAUCAAUGAAGCCCGAACUCCAUCUUUUCAUGGGUCACAAUCAUAUUGGGCUUUCAGCCAAAUGGCCCUUUACUGAGUUCUUCAUUUGGGUAAAGAAAUGACAUUGUUGAUUCGGUAAGGAAAUUCGUAGAAGCUCAAGAACAAUAACCCCUCCUAAAACCCUAUCGCGAAGAAGAUCGAGAUGCAACGAUCUCUCGCCAGAAGUGUUUCUCUCUGUUCGCGCAGUUUGUUAACAUCGAAUGCUUACCCUACUACCUCUUCAUUUUGGCCCAUCUAUAGACGUUUCACAUCCAAAAACCCUAAUCAACCGCCUGCUGAAUCAAAUUCGGGUCAUACCGAUGACAAUAACCUUCAAGACGAAGAUGAUAUCAGCAAUAAAGCUUUAAAAAAGCAGAUAGAUAGAUUCUUUGAAGGAGACGAAGAAGCAUUCCCAUCAAUAUUUGAAGCCAUAUUGAAAAGGAAGUUGGCUGGAAAAAGUGAGGAAUCAGAUGAGGAAUUAAUGAAUGAACUUCAAGCCCAGCCUAGACAGCAUGAUUCUGCUGAUAAGGAGUCCGACUCCGAUUGAGUUGAAGCUCGAGUUUUUGUAAUUGCAUAGCCUCUAGAUGGUGUAAUACCUUUGAACUACAUUUUCAAGUACUAAUAGUAUUAAUUAGUUAAUUUAAGUUUCAAUUGAAAUGCAUAAAAUAUGAGUUUUAGGCAUAAAGGAUUAAAUUGGCAGUUUUAUCU